AUGGGUCUCUUCUCCAAGAAGAACGGAUCUAGGGCGAAUUCCGUCACAUCGGAUAGCACUGGAAGUAAACCCGGCAGGAAAGGUUCUCAAACUUCCCUGGCAAGUACUAUCAGGUCCCCCACGACAGGUCAACCAGGGAGAUCUUCGUCGUCUGGAAAUGCCUCCCCUCCAUUGCCAGCAAUCCCUUCGAUAGAAUUACCUCCUGCGCCUGAUCCAGGUAUGGACCCUUCGGGCUAUCUAAGGAGUAUUUAUGCUGUCAGAGAACGAUCGAAAUUCGUAAUUGAGGCUGCUCUUAAAAACCAGUUGACCAAUUUUACUGUGGAUAUGGAAAAGUUUAAGGACGUUGCGGAAUACGUGGUUUCAAUUAUAAAGAGAGAUUACGCACCUGACUACCACACAAUUCCUCCCCAUGGUCGCUGGCAGCACUUUGAGGUCGGCGGACGGCCUCGAAUCGACCAAUUGAUAAAAUCAUGGCCAUCGAGUGUGGAUACAGCAGAGCAAACAAGAAGAUUGAUUGAUCUCUUUCUAGUUUCUGUGUUGCUUGAUGCUGGCGCUGGCACUAAGUGGCAGUACAAGUCUCAGGACAAUGGCAAAAUAUAUCGCAGAAGUGAAGGAUUAGCUGUAGCAAGUUUAGACAUGUUCAAAGAGGGUCUUUUUAGUAGCAAUCCUGAGCAAAAAGAGCAGGUUGAUGGGAUGGCGUUGAAGGGAUUGACCGUUGAGAUUCUUGCAAGAGGCCUGCAGAUUUCAGAUAGUAAUCCCAUGGAUGGCCUCGAGGGUCGAUCAUCGCUUUUGAUAAAGCUGGGAGAAGCUUUAGACAAUCAGGAUUUUUUCGGGGUAGACUCGCGCCCUGGAAAUAUGCUUGACUACCUUUUACAACAUUCCACAACACAAAAAUUCGGUGUAACACCGGUAAUCCCAAUUCCUACAUUAUGGAACGUUUUGAUGGAGGGACUUGCACCGAUUUGGCCUCAAUCACGUACUCAGUUUGAUGGCGUUUCUUUGGGCGAUGCAUGGCCCUGUUCUUCAAUGCCCCCUGCACCGGGUUGGGAACGCAUUGUUCCCUUUCACAAACUCACUCAAUGGCUUACCUAUUCUCUUAUGGUUCCGAUGUCAAAACUGAUGGGGGUGAUGUGGGCAGGCGAGCAUCUUCUCACUGGUCUUCCGGAGUAUCGUAACGGCGGCCUUCUAAUAGACACUGGACUUUUGACCUUGAAGCAACCACAGAUGGAAAGGGGCAUCCAGGCAUACCAUGCAAACGCAAAAAAAGCGGGCCAACCCAAUGUUGAGGUCGUGCCUUUGUUCGGGCCCGAAGAUGACGUAAUUAUCGAAUGGAGAGCUUGCACAUUGGGGUUUUUGGAUAUGCUAUUGGGUGAAGUUAAUAACUUGCUGGAUUUGAGGAAUGGCGAUCAAUUGACUUUAGCGCAAAUGUUAGAGGCGGGUACUUGGAAGGGUGGAAGGGAGCUUGCAGAGGUCUCUAGACCAAACACUAAGGAGCCUCCGAUUAUGAUAUUGUCAGAUGGAACGGUAUUUUAA